AUGACCAACAGUUGGGAGGCAGCUCGCGCUUCGCUAGGCUCCAUCACUGGGAGCAGUAAUUCAGCACAGUCCAACCCGCAACAACAACAGCAGCCGAAGCAAAAGCAGCAGAAACACUUUCCAGCACCGGCCGCCGUGCCGUCCGGUGGUGGAGGAAGCUAUAAUUAUUUCGACGGUUCCUUCAAUGCCAAUGCCACCAUCGAUCGCAACAGCCGUCGGUUGCGACGGGCCAGCUACGCUAAUCGGAGCUUCAUGUACCACGGUGAAUACCACCACGGUCCUGCCGACGGUGUUCUGAUGGAGGACACUUUCGGUGAUACCGGUGGAACAGUUGGCCGUUUACCGUACUUUGUCGAACCGACCUACCGCUCACUGGAGUACGAUAGGCGGCAACGUCGACGGCACAGCGUGCACCAGCUGGCCAACAUAAACCCCUCGAAACUGGACGAUCUGCGGCAACGCUUCGACGAGUACAAUUCUUCGGCUGCCAUUCCCAGGAGUGCGUACUACGGCUACUACACGCUCGAUCGGCACCCGCAGCGAUCGCGCCAGGUGGCGAACCCUCCGCCACCACUUGGCGUCGUCCACUACGGGAAGCCUUUAGUGUACGGGCAGGGCGCACGCUACAGUGGCAGCCGAUCGCUGGAUCGCUACCUGGCCGAGGAGGACCGCGUGCAAACGAAGGGACCGAAAAGAGGUUCCCGUUCCUCGCAAGGUUCAACCGACAGUAACAACAGUUCACACAGUGCAUCAUCCGGGUCGCUACUGCUGACGGUAGCAAACCUUGAGACCUUUGCCAAAAUACAUCGCAAAUCGGCGGCUGCCGGUUCCUCGAAGCUGGACGGAGGCAACCGAACCCUGGAGAAGUAUCUCGCCUCGACCCUGGACCUCGUCCCGCAUCACGGUACGCUUGGGCGUCGCUCGCGGUACAACAGUAACAUUUUGUUACCGCACAACGAUGAAGACGACGAAGAUGCGGCAAGCGUCCAUCCCGCCGACCAUGCAGCCAUGGACUAUCGGAAGGAUGCGCUUCACCAGCUCGAUACCACGAUCGUUCCGAUCGACGAGAUUUCCAUCGACGAAGGCGAGGGUAGUGGAAAUGGAAGCGAGCAGCAGCUCCAGGUGGCCGGACCGGGAGGGGCAACGAACAGCCUCGUGUCUCCGUUCCGAUCGUUAAAGGCUAAGGAUCCGGACUCGGUGUCCGUGGCCAGCUCGACACACUUUACCAUGGUGAACGGUGUCGGCGGUCCGCAGCGGGUACCAAAGAGCGGUAUCUGUUCCAGUGGCCAUCGGAUAACGAUAUUGAUUAUGACGAUGAGCUUCAUCUUUAUGAUCGGUAUCUGUGCGGCUGUUUUUCUGCUCGAAAUGCGGGCCAGGGAUAUGCCAAAGUAAGAGACCGCGAUCGCGAUGCCGAGGUCCGGCGGUUACAUUCUCCCGCAUAGUAGUAGUAAACGAAAACUGAUAGAUUAGCGCUGCCACGCAACACAACGUUGCCAUAUGAUACAUUUUAUUGCUCUGUAGGUAUUUUGUUUUGCCGAUGUUCACCGUUUAGUUCUACGUUCUUCAAGAGGCGCCACGUAUACGUCCCGCUCAUUCUUCCCUCUCGGAACAUGGUGUAGUAGGAUAGUCAGAGAACCGAAAAGAGCGCUGCUACAGAUCACUCCGUUCCAAAUGAUUUCAUUGUCCACCCUUUUGGCAACAUUAUUUUAGACUUGCCGUGCAAAGUUUUUCACGCAGAAACAGUAUCUAGUAUCGUUGACGUAUAGCCUUAGAUGAUAAGAUGCCAAAUGUGCCUCUCGUGUAGAUAUAGAUUCCUCCCUUCGAGGGUACGACCAGCUACUGUCGCCGUAGCCAACGGCUUUCUGUUUCGCAGCUCUUUACAGGUGUUCAUUUAGUGUCUACCCAGCCUACGGCGGAAUGUGGCCAAUCUACUUUCCUUUGCUGUUAUCUUCGCUUCACUGAUUUAGUUCUGUGAUAUUUAUUAAAUUAUUUAUA